UGCUUUCGCGCCCGUCGCACGGGUUCAAUCGUCCGUCGAGCGCGCACGCUGGUGGUUGUUCGUAGAUCGUGGCGCCCUCUUGUUACGCGCGAGACAUGCCCCUCGCUGCUGCCCCGGCUGGUUCACGCGCCAACUGAACGCAACAAGCUCGCUCGUGCUCGCGCGCGCUCCCUUUGCCGCGGUUUGUACAGUGUGUCGUCGCGAGAUCAGCAACAAGUGACUGACUGGAUAAGUGUGUGUGUGCGUUUUAAUAUUGGGCCGGCCAGGCAAUUGCGGCCAUGAUCAUCUCCAAGGAUCUAUUUCUUCUCGGAGACCAAGAUUAUUUGCGCCUGCCCAACAAAGACGAGAAGAGGCCUCAGGGGCCCAAUAUGGGCCGUCCAAACACUGCUCCUAAUCACAGAGUGGAUUCAACGGCUGUUAAUUUUCCAUGCCUCCUAACAGACCAGCGUCCUCUACCUGUCCAUUUGGCGUUUCGAGGCAUCUCAGUAUCAGUGAAUGGACGAAGUAUACUCCAAGAUGUGGACGGACUUGUCAGGCCUGGACAAGUCCUGGCCGUCAUGGGACCCAGUGGUUGUGGCAAAACCACUCUACUCAAUUGUCUCAGUGGAAGAUUAAAACUGGACUCUGGACAAAUUCAUUUUAAUAGAGAUCCACUUUGCAAAAGGUGGAAGAGGAAAAUAUGUUACGUUCUUCAACAAGAUAUUUUUUUUCCUGACCUAACUUUAAGACAAACCUUAGAAUAUCAAGCAAGACUGAGACUGCCGGACGUUAUGUCGCCAGCACAAAAAAUGCAAUACGUCGACCAUAUCAUUAAUGUCCUAGAAUUGAACAAUUGCCAGGAUACGAUCAUAGGAGACUACUUGAAAAGGGGUCUGAGUGGUGGUGAAAAGAAGAGGGCCAAUAUAGCCUGCGAACUACUCACCAACCCAUCCCUUAUGCUAUUAGACGAACCAACGUCUGGACUGGACUCACAUGCAGCUCACAGCCUCAUGACCACCCUGAAAAGGUAUGCAGUAUCUGAGGGCAAGACGGUGGUUAUAACCUUGCAUCAACCCUCAUCACAAAUCUUUCACCUCUGUGACAAACUCCUUUUAUUGUGCAACGGUAGAACAGCCUAUUUUGGUGAUACGUGCAAAGUGGUAGACUUCUUUAGCAGUGUAGGAUUGAAUAUCAUGCCUCAUUACAAUCCUGCCGAUUUUAUACUUGAACAAAUCAAAGGUCACUCAGAAAUCCGCCAAAAAGUAAUCAAAGCCGCGGAAGACGCAAGAAAAAACAAAGAUUAUCCCAUAGAAUUAAGAUGCCACGAUGUCCCAUACAUCACCGAAAAAUAUGACCAUAAAAUAUUGCCUCCCACUCACGGACCAUAUCCUAGUUUAGAACGUAAGUCGUUUCUCAAUUCAUACAUCUUUAUCCUUAUUUUGAUAGAUGUACUGUUCACAGAAGAUGCAUUAAAUCAAAUGGAACCAGACGUCCGAAGAUUGUGGCUCGAUACACAUUCACAUGCAUCGUCAUCGGUCAGUUCGGACACCAGCGAUGGCGACUGUUAUUUCUCGUGGCCUACGAGUUUCUGGACACAGUUCAAGGUUUUGUCCCAAAGAAAUUUCCAGGAAGCCAGGCCUAGGAUGUUAUCAAAAUUAAAUUGGGUCCAAACAAUAGGUCUUGGUAUACUAGCGGGACUUUUAUGGUUUCAACUUGAAAGACGAGAAGAGGCUCUGCAUGAUAUUCAGGGAUGGAUGUUCUUUUCCACGACAUAUUGGAUGUUGUUUGCUCUUUUUGGAGCACUGAGUUCAUUUCCUCCAGAACGUGAAGUGAUCAACAAAGAGAGACGAUCGGGAGCCUACAGACUGUCAGCCUAUUACCUAGCUAAAAUGGUUGGAGAGUUACCAUUAACAGUUACACUUCCUGCUGUUUACCAUUUAAUAUCGUAUCCCAUGUUAGGUUUCCAUUCACCAUUAGUGUUCCUUACUCUACUAUGUUUCCUAUUACUAAACACAAUAGUAGCACAAAGUGUGGGUUUCUUCAUUGGAGCUUGUUGCAUGGAUAUGCAAGUGAGCAUAACGAUAAGUGCCCUAUACACGUUAGCGACACAGCUAUUUGGAGGAUAUUUAGCAACAAACAUCCCACCGUGGUUGACGUGGAUGAGGUACACGUCCAUGGUACACUACGCGUAUCAAAAUAUGCAGAUAGUGGAGUUCAGUGAUGGAUUACCAAUAUUAUGUGCAGAAAAAUCAAAAUUCGCAAUCUGCCUUGAAUCAGACCACAUACCUGUAUCCUCAAUCCUAGAAGCCCAAGGCACGUACCUACCCCUCUGGGCAAACACCUUAGUCCUAAUGGGGUUCUUUCUGGUCUUCAGAUUACUGGGCUACAUCGUCCUGCGUUACUUCAACACACCCAAAUAACACCGACUGUAAAAACUCUAUUUUAGAAUUUUUACAUUUUUUUUCUACGUAUCUAACGCUGGAAAGAAACUUUUAUUCUUGAAUAUGCCAAAAAAGAUUAAGAAUUGAAUCUAAUAUUGUAAAAAAAUGUUAUUAUUAUUAUUAUUAAUGUAUAGACUGAUCAAAUUUAGUAUAGAAAGGAACUAAAUGUCACUUAAAUACUACUAUGUACUGUUCGUAACAUAUAUAUGCUUUGUGAUAAAUUAAAAGUAUAUAUCUGACCAAGCAAGCACACUGAAAAGAAGGCAAAAAAUAUCAGGAAAGAUUGUUUGUUUUAUUGUAGGACUUGAAGUUUUCCAGCUAUACUCUGUUUCUUUUCCAGUGUAAAGUUUUUGUUUUCAAUGAAACCAAAUUGUGAUAUCUACAAUAGUUUUUUCUGUAAACACGCCCAGCUCUAACGAUAGUUUUUAUUUAUUGGAUUUCGUUUUUUACACCAGCAUACUAAUAUAAUAGUUAUACUACACGAUAUUUUUUGAGAAGUUUUUUACGGAUAUCAUCGACGAGGCAUCAUACUGUUUCUUCAUUUUUGUAAGUGAGUAACUUUUACUUGGGACACUGGUAUCGAGUGACUGUAAAAGAGGAGAUAUGUAGAGAUAGGAGGUAACACGUACAGGCUGUGCUUAAAAGUAACUUUGUAACUUUAGGUUUUUUACGUUAUUAUUUGAUAAUUUUAAGAGAUAUAGUUUGUUAGUUAAGUGUAAUCAUUCCAAUUCUGUUUUAAUCUAUUGUAGAGGUCUGCUUCUUUUCUCGCUUGAGUAGAGUGUACUGAGUAGUACUAAAGCAUUUUCGAAAAUAAACUUAAAAAAUUAACUUUUCUUCAGAACUGUUUUGUGGCAAUAAGUUUGUAUUACAGAUCAAACAUAAUAAAUUCAGUUUUAAAUAAAUUACAGUAUAUGAACAAACUUUUGAUAUUUUGUGGAAUAUAGUAUUACCAAACUUUACUGACUAAGGGUACUCUUUAGUUUGUAAGGUUUGGUAUUACAAAUAAUUCAUAUAUUGAUAAACAUUUUUUGAAUAUACAGGGUCUCUUAGGUAAAUAAAUUUCAGUAUUAAAUUGGUAGUGUGUUUUUACAA